CAUCUCCCCUAUAAUCUCUGGAACAAUCUCUCGCUAUCUCUCUAAACAACACACGUCAAAAUAAUUUUCUGAACAUUAUGAGUGGAACUGCCUGGAAUUAAGUUUCUCAUCCAACAAAUAUCAAAUUGUUUCUGGACGGUGGAGCAAAAUCCUCACCAUGACUCAACGUCCAGAUGACCACAGAAGGAAGUGGAGUAGGGAAGAAUAUGAGAGGAUUGCUCUCCAAAGGCUCCAAGAGGAGAUUGCUGAAGAAGAGUUGGGGAUACCAAAAGCCCCAGCAGUGAAAAGGGAACUUCUAAAGCAAAGGGACUACAAAGUAGACUUAGAGUCGAAACUGGGAAAAAGUGUGGUCAUCAAUAAGGCCACACCUUCUUCACAGACUGGAGGGUAUUAUUGCAAUGUGUGCGAUUGUGUUGUUAAGGAUUCCAUAAAUUUCCUGGACCACAUAAAUGGAACUAAACAUCAACGAAACCUGGGAAUGUCGAUGAAAAUCGAAAGGUCGACAUUGGAUCAGGUGAAGGCCAGAUUUGCUGCCAAUAAAAAGAAAAUGGAGGAGAAAAAGAAAGAUUAUGACUUGGAACAGAGAGUCAAGGAACUUAAAGAAGAGGAAGAAAAAAUAAAAGAGUAUAGGAAGGAACGGAAGAAGGACAGAAAAAGGAAACUAGAAGAAACGAAUGAGGAAGAAGUCGGAGGUGUUAAUGAAAUGGCAGCGAUCAUGGGAUUUUCGGGUUUUGCCUCAAAAAAUCGAAAAUAAUUAUUUUAAAUCACGCUGUGCACAUAUUAAAAUUAAGAUUUGACAAAUGACUAAUUUCCACAAUAAAACUAUAAAAUUCUAACGAAUUAUGACAUUAACUGUGA